GUUAACUGUGUAAAGGGGGAAGGGAAACUGAGAUUGGAAGGAGAGAAACUGAGGUAAAAUAAAUAGUAUUAAACUAAUAUAUAGACAAUCGCUGCUGUUAUAUUAAUGUUUAAAAAACUGAGAGAAAUCAAAAAUAUCCGGAAAAUGUGUGGUUGGCUUGUGGAAACAGAUUGCAUGAUUGUGGAAAAAGGCUAGCUGGAUGACAGUUCUGAGCCACUGAUGUUGAGUUAGCUAGUAGUAGCCAGUUGACUGUCUAAGUAUAAAUGUUAUGCAACCAAAAAAAACAUGCAUUCAUGAUAUAUGUAGAUAAAUAGCAAUAUUGACCUGACGAUAAAAUCAAUGCUAGCAUCUGUUAAAAGUUAAUGUACUGUAGACUAACUAGCCGUAGCCUGUCAGCUCUGCUUCAGUGGUCAGCGCACGUAGCUUCCUAGCAUACCGGUAGUUAGCUUAGCUAUGACAGUUACUGGGAACGUUAUCCAAGUUUCAGAUUGUACCAUGACGUUUUUGCAUAAACAUAUCACGUUAGCUAGCUAGCUAACCACUUUUUUUUGUGUAGGGUGUGAGUUGGUCUUUGGCACUAGCUAACCUAGCUACAGUAGCUCAUGUUGGCCAUUUGGUAAUGUUAGCUAGUUUGACAGCUUGAUAACGAUUCGAUGUAGCUAGCUAAUCAUUCAAUGAGUUUGGUUUGGAUAAUUUCCCCAAAGAAAAUAGACCGUCAUUGAUCAGUUUGUGUUUAUGAACAAUUAUAAUUAUGCUUUUGGCAUUCUAUUUAUGAAAUAGCGAGCUACCCACCUUAUUUUUUCUGCCCCAAAUUGCAGAUAUCCAUGACAACCAGUUUGACAUACGAUGGCAUGAGUGCCCCCUAUUGGUUGGAUCUUGUCAAGGAGAAGCCACACUCCAACUGCAAGACUUCACCAAGACUCACCCCACCUUGGCUUGAGCAUUGUUAUAUUGUGGAUGUGAGGUGCCGACGUUGAGUGUCAAAGCAAUGAAGCGGCUGGGAAAGAGAGAGGCCACCCCAGAUCAGCAGUGUCCAUAUCCAGCUCUGCAGCCCCUCUAAUGGGGCAGGAUGCAAAACAAAUGUAUUCAAUGAGAUCUACCUGUUGACUACUCUGGACCUAGACAGCGAGAGGAAGGAAGGGGACAUUUGACAAGCAGUAUUUGUGGAAAGGGACACAACAGACAACAUGGGGGUCUUCCCAGUAGCUCUUCUGACCACCUCAUUCUGGGAAAAAAGGCUUUAAAGGGUAGAACAGGGAUUACACACUCACACACAGACACACACACUCAUGCCAUGGAAGGGGACAGUGGUGUCACAGCACACACAGAGGUAGGUGUUUUAACCUUGCAUAGCCUAACCCUUUAAAGUGUGAUUGGCAGUCUCACCAGCUGUAUACAAUGAAAUGGAACAGUAUCAGUCAAGUUUCAAAUCAACAUUUUGACCUUAUGGCCUUGGUUGCAGUCUGUUUGAUCUGUUCGCAUGUUACCUGGAUACUGAUUGUGUGAUACCAUCACAAGUGUAGACAAUGUGGGUGCGGUGUGGUGGUAUUCAUUCAGAUUGCACAUGGAAACUUGCUGCAGUAACAGAUCUAUCUGCUUCACAGUAAAACCUCCUAGUAGUGUAUACACAUCCAUUUCUCAGCUAUUUCUCAGGUGAGCAUGGCUGAGUUCACUUUUGGGGGACCUAAUUAACUGCAGGUAUCUCUGCGUCUGUCUAUUGACAUGCCCUUAAAAUGUGUUAUGCUUAGGGGACUUUCCCUCUCUCCCUUCUGUAUUUAAUCCCCUUUGUUUUAGUGAGUGAAGGAGGAAGUAAUGAAGCAGCUUCCCCUCUAGUGUUUACAUGGGGAAAUAAAAGGUUUCCACUAGCAAGUAGCCUAACAGUUCCCUCUCUGCUUAGCAAUAAUCUCCCUGCAGUGUCUGCCUGUCUGUCUGUCUGCCCUGGCACUGUGCCAUCCUGCACAGGUGAGAAGGCUACCGCUAAUUCCACAGAGACGUUCCUGCCCUCUUCUCUCCUACUCAUUCAUGCCACUCUGGUGCUGUGUGUGUGUCUGAUGAUUCCUCUUGUCUGUGCUGUCCCCUCCCCCUGUCAGGGUCUGAAUGGUGUGUUCCAUCAUGAAUGUAAAGAGACAGAGGAGCUAACCAAUAGCCACUCCAACCACAAACCCGUGAGUACAACAACCGACCAGAGUUUCCCAUUUAGAGUUUCCCAUGACCAGAUCUUGUGUUGUCAGAGUUAUGGACUGGUAGCUUUUUGGUCCUGCUGUUCUAUGUUGCAUUGUAGGGCUGGGAAUUGCCAGGGAUCUCACCAUACGAUAUUAUCACGAUGCUUAUGUGCCGAUACGAUAUGUAUUGAGAUCCUCACGAUUCUUUGUAUUCCAAACAUAUUGCUCACUGUAUGGCUGCUGCAGAGAGACGAGAGAGCAUUAGAAAACAACUAGUUUUGAUCAGACAUGUAAAUAAAAGUGCCGAAAACGUGUUGGCUCACUAUUUAAAAAGAAGAUGGAGAAUAAGCUAUAGGAUGACAAAUACCGGAGUUUUGGCGCCGGUACAGCUGACUAGCGCUAGCUAACGCUACCUACAGUCUUUACAAAUUGAUACUUGGAGUCACAUAUCGAUAUAAUAUCGUCCAAGAAGAAUAUUGCGAUAUGUAACUAUGAAUCCCCCCCCCCCCCCAUCACUGUCGCAUUGUGUAACCUGUUGUGUUAUGUAACCUGUUGUGUUUCUGUAUUCCCAGGUGAUCAAUGGACUGACGCCAUGUCAUAGUGUCAAAGAGCACGCCAACGGCAGUUCAUUGCUCAAAUCUCUGCCAGUGAGUUGCUCUAUACAGGCCCUCAUCAUGUCAAAGAUGUGACAGAAACCGUCCGUCACAUCACCACUGUUGCUGUUCUCUUUCUUUUAGAGUUUCUGUGUUUACAUAUAUUUUAUUGUGAUUCGUUUAGAUUUCAGCUCUGAAGCAGAAUGGCCUUCUGCAGUCCCUGGCAGCAGGAGGAGAGCAACCCAAGAUAGAAAGUAAGAUAGACACACACACACACACCACUCUUCCCAAUGGAACAACCAUGUAUCCUAGCUACCAGACCUCCCUAGCACGUCCCCUCAGGAGUGAGGUUGGAGAGAUGAGGGGCAGGAUAUGAUAUGGUUAUGUCAUGGUCUAGAGCAGGGUUUCCCAAGCUCGGUUGGGAACCCCCCCACCUCCCUGUGCACAUUUUGGUUUUUGCCUUAGGACUACACAGCUGAUUGAAAUAACCACCAUAUCAACAUGGCAGAACGAUUACUCAGCUGUGUAUGUUGUUGCAGGUUAGCUGUAUAUGUGUGUGUUUCUCCUCACCUGUGUGUAUGUGGGAUGUUUUCAGGGGAGAGUGCGGAUGUGGAGCAGGCUAGAGAGGAGUGGGAGGCUCUAGAGAGUAUCCAACCAGGUGAGUUGUUGUUAGGGGCAACAUCUCCCUACUCCCUGGCUGCCUGAAAGCUGUGCCUGUAUUUCUCCUCCCCUGUCAUUUGUGUGUUUUUAUUUGUAUUUUAUUUUAUUUGUAUACAUACUGUAAGUCUUUAAUGUCUUUGUUAAUGUUUUAAAUGUAUGUAAAUUGUAAAGUGUUUUUGUCUGUAGUGGGUUGGAACCAAAAUUAUUUUCUAAUCGUUUCGUUCCACAAUUUUCUUCGUUCCGUUCCACUAUUCUGACCAGCGAAAUAAUGUUCUGAACCGGUUCGUACCCCAAAAAAGUAUAUGGCAGCGGUUUAUGGCACUGUGUCGCAGCCGGCCGCGACAGGGAGACCCAUGAGGCGGCGCAAAAUUGGCCCAGCGUCGUCCGGGUUAGGGGAGGGUUUGGCCGGCCGGGAUGUCCUUGUCCAUCGCGCUCUAGCGACUCCUGUGGCAGGCAGGGCGCAUGCACGCUGACACGGCGGCAGUUGUAUGGUGUUUCCUCCGAAACAUUGGUGCGGCUGGCUUCCGGGUUAAGCGAGCAGUGUGUCAAGAAACAGUGCGGCUUGCAGGGUCGUGUUUCGGGGGACGCAUGGCUCUCGACCUUCGCUUCUCCCAAGUCCGUACAGGAGUUGCAGCGAUGGGACAAGACUGUAACUACCAAUUGGAUAUCACAAAAUUGGGGGUAAAAAUAAUUAAAAAAGGACCCGAAAUAAAUGAUAUAAACCAUUACUUGUUUUUGGUUAGAACUGGUUCAGAACAUUAUUUUACUGGUCAGAACAGUGGAACAGAACCCCCCCAAAAAAGGUUAUGUUCAUAACGAAACGAUUGGAAAAUAAUCUUGGUUCCAACCCAUGAUCAUAAAUCCUCCAUUCUAGGUUGAAUCUGAGUCUGUUGAUGUCUGUUAUUGACCUGUGUGUCUCCAGUGGUCAGUGAGGAGUCCAGUCCCACCCCUAUCAUCUCCUUUAACGAGGCGCUGCAGCACUUCCAGACCACAGACCUUGGAGAGCUGCUGGUAAGGUCCGUCUGUCUGUCUGUGUAUGGGGGUUUGAUGACUGCAUUGUAGAUUCCUCACCAUCAAUUGAGAACAUUUUUCAGUUUGAGUUUUGUCCCCUAUCUCUCUCCGUAGAAGAAGAUCCAGCCCACCAUCCGCAGGACUGGUCUGGCCACUCUCACACACUUCCUGUUCGGCCCGCCGCGACUUCACCGAGAACUACUGGAGGAGAGGGACCUGGUCUUUGCCAUCGCACAGUGUAAGAUAGAGUGUGUAUGUGCGCGCGUGUGUGUUUGAGAGAGGGCGAGAGAUUCGUUUUGCAGACUAUAAGAGAUCGAUUGUGUGCGUGUUCCUCUCUGUAGGUUCUCUGGAUAACAGUCAGGCUGUACACCUGCGUGUUCUACAGACCAUCUAUAAGAGGCUGACAGGCAGCAAGCUGGACUGUCCUCGAUUCGGCACCCACUGGGAGAACUUGGGCUUUCAGGGUGAGAGACAUCUUCUGCAUCAUGCUUUAUUUCAGAGGUCACCAACCUUUUCUGAGUCAAGAUCACUUUCUGAGUCAAAAUGCAAGCCGAGAUCUACCGCUCAGAUUUUUUAAAAACAUGACUUAAAAAACGUAAGCCGAUGCAACAUUUAACCAAUUAAAAACCGUUCUAUAGCAAUGAGGUUUGUGUAGGCAAUUGGCCCAAUACAUUAUCACUGCAUAUUGGCUUUGCUUAAAUUUCCCUGCCAAUGUUGUACUUCUCAGACCAUUUUGAAAUACUAUUUCAACAUUUUUGGUAUAUGAUCACACUGGUAAUAGAUCAUUUGUUGUAUUACUUGUGAGGCACGGCUGAGUGAGCAUAAUAUACAGUGGCUUGCGAAAGUAUUCACCCCCCUUAGCAUUUUUACUAUUUUGUUGCCUUACAACCUGGAAUUAAAAUGGGGUUUGUAUCAUUUGAUUUACACAACAUGCCUACCACUUUGAAGAUGCAAAAUAUUUUUUUUUGUGAAACAAACAAGAAAUAAGACAAAAAAAACAGUUAUUGAGCGUGCAUAACUAUUCACCCCCCCAAAGUCAAUACUUUGUAGAGGCCACCUUUUUCAGCAAUUACAGCUGCAAGUCUCUUGGGGUAUGUCUCUAUAAGCUUGGCACAUCUAGCCACUGGGAUUUUUGCCCAUUCUUCAAGGCAAAACUGCUCCAGCUUCUUCAAGUUGGAUGGGUUCCGCUGGUGUACAGCAAUCUUUAAGUCAUACCACACAUUCUCAAUUGGAUUGAGGUCGGCUGGGCUUUGACUAGGCCAUUCCAAGACAUUUAAAUGUUUCCCCUUAAACCACUUGAGUGUUGCUUUAGCAGUAUGCUUAGGGUCAUUGUCCUGCUGGAAGAUUAACCUCCGUCCCAGUCUCAAAUCUCUGGAAGACUGAAACAGGUUUCCCUCAAGAAUUUCCCUGUAUUUAGCGCCAUCCAUCAUUCCUUCAAUUCUGACCAGUUUCCCAGUCCCAGCCGAUGAAAAACAUCCCCACAGCAUGAUGCUGCCACCACCAUGCUUCACUGUGGGGAUGGUGUUCUCGGGGUGAUGAGAGGUGUUGGAUUUGCGCCAGACAUAGCGUUUUCCCUGAUGGCCAAAAAGCUCAAUUUUUGUCUCAUCUGACCAGAGUACCUUCUUCCAUAUAAUAAUAAUAUAUAAUAAUAAUAAUAAUAAUAAUAAUAAUAAUAAUAAUAAUAAGCCAUUUAGCAGACGCUUUUAUCCAAAGCGACUUACAGUCAUGCGUGCAUACAUGUUUGUGUAUGGGUGGUCCCGGGGAUCGAACCCACUACCUUGGCGUUACAAGCGCCGUGCUCUACCAGCUGAGCUACAGAGGACCACGUUUGGGGAGUCCAUAUGUUUGGGGAGUCUCCCACAUGCCUUUUGGUGAACACCAAACGUGUUUGCUUAUUUUUUUCUUUAAGCAAUGACUUUUUUCAGGCCACUCUUCCAUAAAGCCCAGCUCUGUGGAAUGUAUGGCUUAAAGUGGUCCUAUGGACAGAUACUCCAAUCUCCGCUGUGGAGCUUUGCAGCUCCUUCAGGGUUAUCUUUAGUCUCUUUGUUGCCUCGCUGAUUAAAGCCCUCCUUGCCUGGUCUGUGAGUUUUGGUGGGCGGCCCUUUCUUGGCAGGUUUGUUGUGGUGCCAUAUUCUUUCAAUUUUUUAAUAAUGGAUUUAAUGGUGCUCCGUGGGAUGUUCAAAGUUUCGGAUAUUUUUUUAUAACCCAACCCUGAUCUGUACUUCUCCACAACUUUGUCCCUGACCUAUUUGGAGAGCUCCUUGGUCUUCAUGGUGCUGCUUGCUUGGUGGUGCCCCUUGCUUAGUGGUGUUGCAGACUCUGGGGCCUUUCAGAACAGAUUGCACACAGGUGGACUUUAUUUAACUAAUUAUGUGACUUCUGAAGGUAAUUGGUUGCACCAGAUCUUAUUUAGGGGCUUCAUAGCAAAGGGGGUGAAUACAUAUGCACGCACCACUUUUCCGUUAUUUAAUCUUUACAAUUUUUUGAAAGAAGUUAUUUAUUUAAUUUCACCAAUUUGGACUAUUUUGUGUAUGUCCAUUACAUGAAAUCCAAAUAAAAAUCAUUUUAAAUUACAGGUUGUAAUGCAACAAAAUAGGAAAACACCAAGGGGGAUGAAUACUUUUGCAAGGCACUGUAUAUAUAUAUAUAUAUAUGUGUUUUUUUUUUACUGGACUGAUGGCCUGCAUCUGAUGAUCAGUCUGAGGGGAGGGAGCAGCGGUGAGGCUGCCUCACCCGACUCACCAUCGCUCCUCUCUCCCUCCCUCCGAUGAGAAAAGGGGACACAGUCUUCCAGCUGAUGGCGAAACUCAAGUCACACUGCAUUAUUUCUGCCUCAUGCACCAAUUAAUGUUGUUACUCCUAUGACCAGAGAAAGUAAAAUAUUCCUUGAUAUUAAAAAAGACACAAGCCGCUAAUAAUAAUAACGCAAGCUUAUCGGAACACUUUGCUAUACUUAUUCAUUGCAGCUGCAGUGCAGGUUGUAGUGUGAGUGGAAGUAGGGAGAACACACAUUUUAUGGCUUAUAAAAGUGUUGAACAAAGUGUUAACAGUGCUGAAUAAUAACAACUUAAACAUGAACUUACUCAUAAAAACAGCAGCUCUUUGCUGUAUUCGUUGAGUCUGUCUCUAGUCAUGGUUUUGAAAUCUCAUAGUAUCAACUUUGCUGUGCGCUCGAGGCUUCUUUUUACAGUCUAUGGCGUGAGGAAACUGUGCAGACAUGGUGAUCUGAGCUAUCUGAUUGGCGAGCAGUAGGGCUAUAAGUGCACUUGAUUUGCUCUCUGGGCCUGACGGAAAGGCAGAGUUCUAACUUCAGACACAUUAAAUGGUUCAAAAUGGGAACACUUUGCCUUCCCGGCGCUAGGGGUGCUGAAUCGAGUGCACCUAAUGCCAACAGCACGAAGCUAAUAAAAAAAAAUAGCAACGUAAGGCUUUAUCGUUAGGUUUUUGACAGAAAUGUUUGGUAAUCGACUAGGAAUGCCUUGUCAAUCGACUGGUAGGUGACCACUGCUUUAUUAGAUGCCACUCUCACACAGAGAUUAAAACCCCCUAGAGUCGAUUGACGCACCGAUGCGUCAAUUUAAUUUACAUUUUAAAAAAAUCCCCAUCAAAAUCUGUCAGUUUAAGCGAUAUCUGUUAUUUUGCAUUGGAUGCGUCUCAAUCCACCACAUCCGCCAGUGUCGCACUUCUGCAUCUGCGGUGAAAGGUGGCAUAGCUAGAGCGGUGUUUGUCAGGCCAUUUGACAUCCCGAGAAUCGGUCUUCUCACGGAAACGUCUGUAGCGUCUGAACUGUUUGACCUACAAAACUAUUAUGACCACCCAAUGGAAAGAUGAGACUUUCACGAACACGAUGGUGUUCUCCGUUUUGCUCUACGACCCCCACAAGUGUCACGGGGUCUUACCUUACAGGUACAUUAGCGUUUAAAAAGACGACUUAAGUUAGAAGUGAUUUUUGAUUUAUUUUUCAUACUCCCCCCAGGAAGGGAAAAACCCUGGAUUGCAAACGCAUGAUUCCUCCCUACCUAGAAUUUUCAAUGGGUCUCAUGCGGGCUCACAGUCCUGAUUCGAACCAGGAUUUAGUGGCCAGUUAGUUUUAUAACCGGUAGUUUUAAAAUUAACGGUUUCAAGGAAUCAUUUUUUUAUAUAGUAAAUGAUCUAUAGUAUGACCAUCUAAAAGAAUUCCAUAUGUCAGCUUAGCACCACCCCUACCCCAACGUCUUAGACUAAAUAAUGAAUGAUUACUGUAAAAAGUUGAUAAGAUUAGAUUUAUACUUUUUAUAAAGAAAUGAACAAAACACUGAAAUGAUAACGUGUGUGUCUGUGUAUUUGUGUGUGUGUGUGCUUGUCUGUAUGUGUGUGUGUUUUCUGUGCGUUUGUUUGUGUGUGUGUGUGUGUGUGUGUGUGUGUGUGUAGGUACAGACCCAGCCACAGACCUGCGUGGUACAGGUUUUCUGGGGCUGAUGCAUACCUUGUACCUGGUAAUGGACCCUGAGACACUCCCUCUAGCCAGAGACAUCUACAAGCUGUCCCAGCACCCCACACAGGUACACACACACAAACAUACACACACUGGCCACAAACUGUUCAGGUGAGGGCAGUUUCAAAGAAGUGGGGACAUCUAUUAAAUGUGUGCUUGCCUACUUGUAUAGUCUAUUUACAAACCUAUACUCUUUCUGCCCAAUCUUUCUCUAGAACUUUCCAUUCUGUGUGAUGUCCCUCAAUAUGACCUGUAUCGCCCUGCAUGCACUCAGAGAAGAGGCCCUGUCCAAGUAAGUGUCCUGCCCUACUCCUCUACGACAGACAGACAGACACAUUGGCUUGACAGUCACUCACAAGUGCUUAGUCACUUAGUUAAAGGAAAUUCACACAUUUGUGUGUUUGUGGUUCUUUGUGUGGUUGUGUGUGUGUGCGGUGGUCCAGGGAGUGUAACCGUCGUCAGCAGGUGGUGGGGGUGUUGAAUGAGUUCUACGUUGCCACGUUCCUGCACCUCUACCAGCUGUGGAAGAGCCAGCAGAAGACUAUCUCUGACUCUGGCUUCGUCCUGAAAGGUAACUCACUGGGUUUGUACUCCAGGCUUAACCAAGCCCAGUUCUUUUAGCAGAGUGUCAUGUCAUUAUUAAUAACAUCCCUUUGCAACACAAUCACAUCCCCACUGUGUCUCUGCUCCCAUUCCAGAAGUGGAGCUGUUUGCCAAAAAGAACCCCAAGCAGAUGCUGCGUCGACUGGAUGUCUUCUUGAGGGAGAGGAGGUCCCCGGACCCCACGGCCCAGCAACCCUCACCCUGCCUGGGGGGGAGAGGGGACAGGUCUGAGGGAACCAGGGGCAAGGAGAUGCACUUUACUGGAGUGUGUGAGCUACCACUAAACAUGGAGGGAGAGGCCAGGCUCAUCUGAGAGGGAGAGAGCGAGAGAGAGUCUGUCUGUCUGUGAGUACGGCUAGACUAGUCUGAGCUAGAAAGAGAGAGAGAGUGUUUGUGUCAGUUGUGUGUUUGGGGACCCGACCAAGCCUUGACCCACUCCCUGCGGUCCUUUCCCAUUGAUGCUGUAAAACUGCUGUCAGAUCAGUUUGUAUGGAGUCACUCACUCCUCUCCCAACAGAAGUGCUUGACGGUGUGGCGGACAUUCAUAACAAUAAAUCACAGACAUGGGACUGAUGAAUAGAAGAUGUUAUUAAAUAGAGAGAGUGAAUGAAAGGUUAGCUUUUCAAGGACUGGUGUGGGUGCAGAGAGUGGGUGUGGGUGCAGGCUUUGUUCCAGACAAGCAGUAGCGCACCUGAUUCUACUAAUCAUCCAAUCAUAGUUGGUUUAUUGAGGCCAAAUCAGAAGCUGCCAAACCCCAGGGCUUCUAUCUGUCUACAGCACUAGUAGAGUUCUGGAAGGCUGUAGUGUCUAUUACUGUCUUCUACUGUCAGCAGAACUCUGUGUGUGUGUGUGUGUGUGUGUGUGUGUGUGCGCGCUCUAGGUAUGGAGAUA